GCAUCAGCGAGCUGUGAUGGUUCUGUCAGAGUGUGGAAAAUAGCAGAUCAGACAUGCACGACAAGCUGGCCACUGCUGCAGAAAUGUAAUGAUGUGAUAAAUGCUAAAUCAAUAUGCAGGCUUGGCUGGCAACCUGGCAGUGGGAAGUUGCUGGCAAUUCCUGUAGAUAAAGUUGUUAAACUGUACAGAAGAGAAACCUGGGAUAGUCAAUUCGAUUUAUCAGAUACAUUCAUCGCACAGCCCUUGAAUGUUGUGGCCUGGUCUCCUUGUGGGCAGUAUCUGGCAGCUGGAAGUGUGGAUGGGAGUAUAGUGGUGUGGAAUACGGAAACCCAGGAGUGCAUAGAGAGGAUGAAGCAUGAGAAAAAUUACACAAUUUGUGGACUGGCAUGGCACCCCAAAUAUAAGCAAAUCGCUUAUACAGAUACUGAAGGAAAUCUGGGAUUGUUGGAAAAUAUCGGUGGUGAAACGAAAUCAGAUGACAAGGUUGCCAGUAAAGUGACUAAAGACUACAAUGAUCUCUUUGAUGGGGAAGAUGACGCCUAUUUAAAUGGAGAUAUGAUUGAACCACAGUCUUCCCCAAAGGCUGGAGCCAAUGAAGAUGAUGGUGAUGAUGAUGAUGACCUUAUGCCAACUCCAGGCCAUCUGAGACGGGCAAUAAUUGAUGAUGAUGAUAACUCACUAGAUAUUGGGAUGAUAAAAGCUAGUUCUAAUCUUCUUGACAAGGAAGAUGAUGAUGAUGAUGAUCAGACUGGUGGCUUUCCAGCUUUACCACCAUCAUCUACACAACAGCCUUUCUACAAUGGGCCAAUGCCAACCCCCAAGCAAAAGCCUUUCCAGUCUGGCUCCACUCCUGCACAUCUCAUGCAUCGUUUCAUGGUAUGGAAUUCUGUUGGUAUCAUUCGCUGUUACAAUGAUGAACAAGACAAUGCUAUAGAUGUAGAAUUUCAUGAUACCUCCAUACAUCAUGCAACACACCUGCCAAACUCUCUGAAUCACACGAUGGCUGACCUCUCCACUGAAGCUAUUUUACUAGCCUGUGAGAGUACAGAGGAACUUGCAAGCAAGCUCCACUGCAUUCAUUUUAGCUCGUGGGAUACAAACAAGGAGUGGACAGUAGACAUGCCAAAGGAUGAAGACAUUGAGGCUAUCUGUCUAGGUCAAGGCUGGGCUGCUUGUGCCACGAGUGCCUUGCUCGUUCGUGUUUUUACCCUUGGAGGAGUUCAGAAAGAGAUCUUCAGUCUCCCAGGCCCAGUGGUGUCUAUGGCAGGACAUGGAGAGCAGUUGAUGAUUAUGUAUCACAGAGGUACUGGGUUUGAUGGGGACCAGUGUCUCGGAGUACAGCUGAUGGAGCUAGGAAAAAAGAAAAAGCAGAUUUUGCACGGAGACCCUCUUUCUCUGACAAAAAAGUCCUAUUUGGUGUGGGUUGGAUUCUCUGCAGAAGGUACCCCUUGUUACAUGGAUUCCGAGGGAAUCGUGCGGAUGUUGAACCGAGGAUUUGGGAAUACUUGGAUUCCGGUGUGUGACACCAGAGAGCAUUGCAAAGGAAAAUCUGAUCAUUAUUGGGUUGUUGGCAUCCAUGAAAACCCCCAGCAGCUCAGGUGUAUUCCUUGUAAAGGAGCCCGAUUCCCUCCUACACUCCCACGACCUGCUGUAGCAAUAUUAUCUUUUAAACUUCCUUACUGUCAAGUUACAACAGAAAAGGGACAGAUGGAGGAACAGUACUGGCGUUCUGUUGUAUUUCACAACCAUGUGGAUUACUUAUCAAAAAAUGGCUAUGAGCUUGAUGAAAAUGCUAAAAGUCAGUCAGUGAAAGAACAGCAAGAACUUCUAAUGAAGCUGUUUGCUCUUUCUUGUAAACUGGAGCGUGAAUUUCGUUGUGUGGAACUUGCUGACCUCAUGACACAAAACGUUGUGAAUUUAGCUAUCAAGUAUGCUUCUCGCUCUCGCAAACUAAAUUUAGCUCAGCGACUUAGUGAACUGGCUGUAGAAAAAGCAAGUGAGUUGGCAACAGCAUCGGAAGAUGAAGAGGAGGAAGAGGAUUUCCGAAAGCACUUGAGUGCUGGUUACAGCAACUCUGCCACAGAGUGGAGUCGGCUGCCGGUCCAGCAGGACCAAGAAAUGGAAGCUACUGAGGAAACUGAUGCCUCUGAAGAAGCAGAAGAAAAACCAGAAGUGCAUAAACAGAGACCAAGUCCUUUCUGCAAAGGUGUCACUUCAGCAGAGUUGAGUACUCCAAAGUCUGUUGUAAUUACCUCAAGCAGCCAAGGACGAGUGAAUCCCUUCAAGGUGUCAUCUAACAAAAAGGACCCCAUGGUCCCCUCAACAAAUAUUCUAGACACUAUGAGCAAAUACUCAAAGAAAACUUCUUUGUCUGGCAGUCGAGCUGGGAACAAGCAGAACCCUCCAGUUAUAAAACCUCUGAUUCCCAAACCCAAGACCAAGCAGGCAUUAGCAGCUUCCUUCUUCCAGGCUCGUACACCUAACUCUAGUGAAAAAACAGUGGAAGAAAGAGAAGAAAAAGCACCAAACGACUCCCACGAAGUCAAAGUCACUGCACAGGAGAACACUGAAAACAGAAGACCAAAGACAGGAUUCCAAAUGUGGCUAGAAGAGAACAGAGCAAACAUUUUGACAGAUAAUCCUGAUCUGAAUGAAGCAGAAAUAAUAAAAGAAGGCAUGAGUCGAUUCAGAAUUCUGUCAUCAGAAGAAAGAACGGUGUGGACUGAGAAAGCAAAAGGAGGAACAGUUAAUGAUUCAGCAGAAGAUAAAAAGCGAAAACGUCCCGCAGCUGAUGACGAUGAAGUGAAGAAGAACCAGGAGCAAAAAUCAGAGGACUCAAAUUUACCCAAAAAACCAAAGCCUUUGGAUCAAUCUACGAAUGUCAGACUGUCAGCUUUUGCAUUCAAGCCAAGCUAA